GAAACACAGAAAAAAACAAGUAGGAACAAAAGUUUCGACACAAUGUUUCAGCCGAACAGAUUUGCAGACCGGACCUCAGGGGAAGUUGGAGUGCUGUACAUUUCGGUGACCGGACGUCGAAGCAGCCGUUAGCUCUGUGUGUACCGGCCUGUCGAAGCAGAAAUGCCCAAAAAGAAAACCGGUGCCCGGAAAAAGGCUGAGAGUCGUAAGGAGAGAGAGAAGCAGAGUCGAGCCAACCGGGAACAUGUCGAAGUGGCCAAACACCCCUGCAACUUUAACAUGGAAUGUGACAAAUGUCAGAGAAAACAGAAGAACAGAGCUUUCUGCUACUUCUGUAACGCCGUUCAGAAGCUGCCUGUGUGCGCUCAGUGUGGCAAAACCAAGUGCAUGAAGUCAUCAGAUUGUGUGAUCAAACAUCCCGGGAUCCACAGCACUGGAAUGGCUAUGGUGGGGGCAGUGUGUGACUUCUGUGAAGCUUGGGUGUGUCACAGCAGGAAAUGUCUGAGCACGCACGCCUGCGUGUGUCCUCUGACUGAUGCAGACUGCAUCGAGUGUGAACGCAGUGUGUGGGAUCAUGGAGGGCGAAUCUUCCGCUGUUCCUUUUGUCAAAACUUCUUGUGUGAGGAUGAUCAGUUUGAGCACCAGGCAAGCUGCCAGGUCCUUCAGGCGGAAACUUUCAAAUGUGUUUCCUGCAAUAGACUGGGGCAACACUCCUGCCUACGCUGUAAGGCCUGUUACUGCGACGACCACGCCAAGAGUAAGGUCUUCAAACAGGAGAAAGGAAAAGCUCCGCCCUGCCCCAAGUGCGGCCACGAGACUCAGGAGACCAAAGACCUCAGCAUGUCCACUCGCACGUUGAAAUUCGGCCGCCAGGCUGGCGCCGAUGAAGACGACGAUUAUUACGACGGCGCGUCGGGGUACGAUUCCUACUGGAAGAACUUAGCGUCUGGAGGCGGAGACCAACAGGACGACUACGGAGAAGAUGACGAGGAGGAGGAGGAUGAGUUUGAGGAGGAGGAUGAGGAGGAGGAGGAAGAGGACGACGAUGAAGAGGAGGAAGAAGAAGGCGAAGAGGAGAAGGCUGCUGAUCGCGUGGCUGGUCUUAAACUGGACGGGACUGCCUAAGCCAGGACAGAGACUGUACAGGCGGAUCCUAGACUGAUGGUCACUUGUUACAAGUCAACAAUUAACAGAGUCAUAGAAGAAGAGAGCUGGAUGUCAAUGUUAGUGCCAAUACUGAUUCAUCCUGAGGAGGAAAAGCAGCAAUACAAGAACUAGAAUAUAAAAGAAUGGAAUAGAAUAUAAAAGAAUGGGUUCAAUUUUGACUUUAAUCACAUAGUGAGAAAUUAAAAAAAUAAGUUAACAGGCUUUUGUAUUUGUCCAGACUUUCAAUGCCAACUUUCAUCACUUGACAGUUUUUGAUGCUCAGUUCCAGGGACGACCCGUUCUCAGCUUUUUUUCGUUACGUUCAGGGCUGGAUUGAUGCACCAGGAGACCCCGGGGACCAGAAUUAGCCUGGUCUGAGCUGCAGUGUGGGAGCAGCCGCUCGCUCCUCAAGUAUUUUUCCAACAGUAAAUUUGCACUUGAGAGUUUUCUUUGAAAGAUUUCCUGAAUGUUCCUCAGUAUAGAAACACACAUUUCUUUAGGUUUCUGUUAUGACCAUCAGUUUUGAUUAUUUCAGCUUCGUUUCAGUGAGGCAGGGCAGAUGCAGGACCCUCAGGCACUGUGAAGAACAACUAAAACUAUGGCUGCGCUCCAAAUCGCAAACUUCUUCCUCUGUGUUUUCUUGUGUUUUUUGUACCCGUGGUAUUUUGUAAUGUGGUUGGUCAUAUUUUGCACUGAUGAUGUGGGGCAGGGGGAAAUAACUAGUCCCACUUUGCAACUCAACUUUGAGUUCAUCUUGUACCUUGUGAGUGGUGUAUAUUCCCAAACAGAUGAGCAUCACCACACACCACCCGGCCCUCUGCGGCCCCCGGGUCAUGGUAAUCCAGCCCUGGUAAAAAUCAUGAUGUCUGUACUGUGUAAUAAGUGUCAAAGUGCAGCUCAUUACAGUCACCCAUUGGGUUUACCUGCUUCAGUGCAGCACACAGGCUGU